UCAACAUUGUAUCAAAGCUGACACAUUUUUUUUUAGAGUAUAUUUGUUCAAGACGCAAAGAAUGGAAUCCAGCCAAGUGUGUGAACCAUGCAUAGCACAAGAAAAAUCGUCAGUUGCAGUCAAGCUCUGCUCUGAUUGUGAAGAAAAACUUUGUACAAAUUGUGUAGAAGACCACUCCAAAUUUAAAGCGUUUCGGUCCCACCAUUUGAUUGACUUAUCAGCGUUUGGGUCAAAAAUACCGUCACUUGCAAAGCACUGUGAUUUUCACGAGGACAGUCUGCUCGAUUUCUUUUGCUCACAACAUGGUGUUGCAUGUUGUAGAUCCUGUAUUCCAAUAAAUCACCAGACAUGCAAGGACGUUCUACCAAUAGAGGUUGCAUCCCGGAAUAUAAAAGAUUCGAAGGUCCUUCAAGAUGCUUUUGGAGAUACGGAUAAUGUCUUAAAAACAUUGACAUAUCUGAUGGAAAAUAGAAACAAAAACAUUAAGAAGUUACAGGAAUGCGAAACUGUUAUAGUAACGCAGUUGCAAAAAGUUAAGGAACAGAUUAUGAAGCAGGUUGACCAGCAAGAAGGGAAAAUUGCCUCCGAUUUAUCGUGCAUGAAGCAGAGACACGAAUCAAAGCUAAAUGAAGAGAAAACAGAAAUAAUGAGGUUAACAAAUCAAGUUCUCAAAGGUAAGGAACAGAUAGAAUUCCUUAGGGAACAUGGUUCAAAUACUCAUCUAUUUUUAGCUGUUAUUUGCCAUGAGAAUAAUGUACAAGCAGUUGAAAGCAAUAUAGAAAAGAUGACUAUGACUUUUACUGACACCGAGCUUACUUUUAAUAGCGCAAAUGAUUUGAAAAUUGAGUCUAUUGGUUCAGUUACGGAAAAAAGUAGAUCAUGUCAAAUUAAGCAUAAAUCAAUAAAGCUUAAACAAGCCCAAGCAAACACAGAAAGUAUCAAGCCGAUUACCAACAUAAAAUGGGAAAGGAAAUUACAUUUAAAAAUUGUAGAGGAUUACAACUUGACAGGUAUAGCCGUUACUAAUGACAAUAACUUGCUUCUUUGCAACUUUUGGUCGAAACAGCCUUACGUAUAUAUGUACAGUAACUGUGAUCAAUAUGAGACACAAUUCGCAUUUUCAUCAAGGCCAUUUGGUGUUGCAAUAUUACCAAAAGAUGAUAUGGCAGUGGUUACAUUUCCUGAUGAAAAAAACUUACAAUACGUUAAUACAAAAAUAUAUACUAAGUGUAACACAAUUCAAACAGCUGAAGCAUGUUACGGAGUUUGUGCAAGUAGGAAUAACAUAUUACUUGGUGGAGUUGGUACUAUUUAUUUGUUGAAUUUAGAAGGAUCUCUCAUCAGUAAAGUCGAAACCCAACAUAAAGUAAAGUUUUGCUCGAUAGGUUUCAAUGACAAAAAUCAACAAAUCAUCUGUCGAGGCAAAGAAACAUUACUUAGCUUGAAGUUAACAGGAGAUGUCGUAUAUACACACAAGGUCAAAGGAGAAGCAGGACUGACAUUAGAUAGAGACGGAAAUGUUUAUUUCAAUGAUGAGCAGGAAGUAUAUCGUCUAUCGAGUAAUGGAAAUUGUGAAGAUAUGAUAAUGCAAAGCAGCAAAGUUAAAAACCCGUACACAAUAGCUUUCAACAAAGACUACACUAGAUUAUUUGUUAUUUGUGGGUGCCGAUAUGUACAUAUAUGUGGUUGUUAUUAAUAACUAUACUUAAAUAAGAACAGUCGGAAACAGGAGCUAACCGUUACAUAAAAAUAUAAGAUAAUUGAGCUCGGAGUUUAAUGUUAACAUUUGAAAGCAAAAUAUUUUCCAGUUGAAAAUUUGAAGACUUAUAAUUUGUUGUGGUGAUAAGCAUUUAUAUUAUCCCAAGGUAUUUGUUUUAUGUUAUAUAGAUUAUGUUCAUACCAGAAAACGUGCAUAGCACUUGAAAUGCAACAUU